GGCCAACGCACACUUUGAUCCAUCUCCAGAAUUCGUCGGUGGCACUCGCUCUAGUCAUCCACGAUCGACGUCAGUCACUUGUUUCGCCGCGAACCACCACGCGAUCUUCACUUGUUCUCAUCGACGGCCGCGAGUCGCAGUGUUCGUUGACCGACAAUUGACUAUCGCCUAUGUUCGUUUGUUUUCAGUGGUGACACCUUUUAGAUGGUAUGGAUUAUUCUACUGACUGCGAUUUGAGAUCUACGUAGCGUCGAAAUGCAAGGGGCGAUUUUUAUGUCUCAAAACCCUCAACAAGGUUUUCCACCUCCAAGCAGUACCAUAGUGACCGAGAUGGACGCGGGCAGCUCCCCAGCUUCCGCCUGCCCGAAUUCCGGCACCCCACCGCCCUCCGCCGAAACUUGUUCGCCGAUCAUCUCGGCGGACCGCAGCAGCGGCGACUCGGGAGUAUUUUCCACGACAGCAAACACGACUGCAACCACCGCAACCACUGACGGGGAGGGAGAUGCUAGGAGCGAUUGCUCGUCGCCCGGUUGCAAGUACCUUUGCCCCAUAUGCGAUACGAUGCUGACCUCGCAGCACGAGUUUACGCUCCACAUCAGGUCCCACAACAAUGAGGAGGAGAAGAACGGGGGAUACGUAUGCAGGAUAUGCGCCAAGGUGCUCAGUUCCAGCAGCAGUCUCGAUAGGCAUGUUCUGGUCCACAGCGGCGAACGGCCCUUCCACUGCAAAUACUGCGGCGACACUUUCACCACCAACGGCAACAUGCACAGGCACAUGCGGACGCAUUCCCACAAAGCAGAAAGCAACUACGAGUCUGACGGAAGCACCGACAGUGGCAGUUCCAAAAGCACGGAAUUCAACAACAACAAGAUCGACAAGCUUGCUGUCAAGCGCAAACUGGAACCGUCUGACAGCCCCACAAUCAAGCGACCCAGAGACUCCUGCGAAGAAGACGAGGACCAGGGCUUCAAAUGCCCCGUCUGUGAAAGAACGGACUUCCACUCCGCCGCGAUUUUGCAGACUCAUCUCGAAGACAACCAUCCCGAGUAUCCCGCUAGGUGCAACCAAUGUCACCAGGUGUUCCUGAACAAUAAACAGCUGUCCACGCACAAAGAGGCUGUCCAUGAGAACAGUCUGUCCAAACAUCCUGUUGUCGGGUUCAAGAAUCUGACAUUCGUGGAUUUCUCGAGUGAGAAAUUUCCUCAUAUAGCUCGAAGAGAAUGUGAAAUGAAUCUACACAAAGCCUCUAGCGGGUUAAAGUUCCAGUGCAAGAAGUGCACCAGAGCAUUUCCUUGCUCAAACUCCUUGGAGAUCCAUGAGAACUGUUGUGUCUCUACCGAGCAUCAGAACGGUCUAGAUUUGACAGCUAUAUCCCAACCUCAAAUCAGGCGCAUGGAGUUCUUCUCCAGACUCAACUUGGUUGACAACUCUCCUGAGAAACUCGCACCUCCUCCUCUCAUACCUCCUCCAGUUUCUAACAAGUUACGAGAACAGCUCGUGAAAACCAUAGAUAGCAACAAAGAUCUGGCUGACAUCCAGUCUAUCUUAACGAACAUCAACCUUCAGCAACUCCAAGCCAAACCUGCUUACAUUCCACCAAAACAAGAGACCUCUCAAGAUUCUCAUAAGAACGAGGAGGAGGAGUCCCAAGAUCUCUUCGCUGUUGAGUUCAGGAAGAUGAAACUUCGCGGCGAAUUCCCUUGCAGGCUUUGCACAGCAGUAUUUCCCAAUCUAAGAGCCCUGAAAGGCCACAAUCGGGCUCAUCUAAAUGGUACUACUAAUGGCACCUACCAUUGCAACAUGUGCCCACACUCCUCGAUAGACAAGGCUGCUCUUAUCCGACAUAUGAGGACGCAUAACGGCGAUAGACCUUACGAAUGUUCUCUUUGUAACUAUGCUUUUACAACCAAAGCUAACUGUGAGAGACACCUAAGGAAUAGACACGCUAAGACCACUAGAGAAGAAGUGAAGAAAUCUAUCAUCUACCAUCCAUCUGAAGAUCCUACCAAUGAAGACCUUAACAAGCUUGCUGCUAAAGACGACGUCAAGAAGCUACAUGAGAUCACUCCUGAGAAGAUCCAUUGUUCCACUCCGAAGAUGUCAGAUAUGAUUUCCGAGUCUAAGUUGCAUCUUAUACCAGAUCUACAAGCUCUCAAACCAACGAAGAUUUUCGCUAACAUCAACGACAUCAUUCGCAAUGAGAAUCUAAAGACCUUGAAGGAGCAGAAGCUAUUUCCAAAUGGUGUUGCGCCUCUGUUUCCACCAAAUUAUCACUUUCCUCACCAAAAUCUUCCUACCAAGAUUCAAGUCAAGAACCUCGAAACUCUGAAGGAAACUUCCAACACGUACAAUGAAGAAUCUGAAGAGGAAUAUGCCGAAGAGGAAGAGCAGCCCCUAGACUUAGUUCUCGAUCUCAGUAAGAAGAAGCCGGUUCAAGAGGAUGUGGAAGAAAACGAAGAAGAACAUGAUGAUGAAGCCCCACAAGAUUUGACGAAGAAAUCUUCUCCUCCGGAGCCAUCUAGUCCUAUAACAUCUCAAGUCCCAAACAUGGGACAUCUCUUUGCUCAACAGUUACUGAAAACUCCUCCAAAGAUUGAUCCUGCUGCUCUUUAUGCUCAACUGGCUCUAUACAGAAGUGGCUUUCCAGCGUUGCCGAACUGGCCAAUUGGCUUCCCUGUGAACCCGCUUUUGUUCCCAACAUUACCUCCAACCCUACCUCAAAAUCCCCAAGACAUCAAAGAACGCAUGCAGCGGUUCCAACUAUGCGGCGGCUCAAUGAUCUCGGAAGAAAUGAAGAAGCUGCAGCAAUUAAGAUCACAUCCAGUACCGACCUCAAUACCUCCACCUCCACCAUAUAAUGGAGUGAAGAUCGAAACACCUCAGCCUGAAGUGAAGAUAGAAACUACAGUACCAAAGAUGGAAGAGAUGAAACCUCUAAGUUUGAACGUGGACAACAACUUUAACGAAAACCUGUCAAAGUUGCAAAGUCCUUUACCACAAAACAAACCCGAUAUGAUGCAGUCUCCGAAUUCUGUGAAGAUGGUGAUCAAAAAUGGAGUUCUGAUGCCUAAGCAGAAACAGAGGAGAUACCGAACUGAGCGACCAUUCACUUGUGAACAUUGUUCAGCAAGAUUCACUUUGAGAUCGAAUAUGGAGAGGCAUAUCAAACAGCAACAUCCGCAGUACUGGUCUCAGAGGCAGAGGAGCAAUAUUGGAAACCCAGGUAGGAAACCGCAAACCAUACCCCUGAAACCAAACUACUGCGACCUCAGCGUCCCAAACUACGAGGCGCCCAAGAUGCAAGAUUACCAUGAUACCAAAGAUAUCCUGAACGAGAAACUAAAAUACGCAAUUUUGGCACAACAACUGCGGACGUCACAAAACGUGAACCAAGACUACAGGCAAGACGAAGAUGACGAAGACGAAGAUUGCGAUCUUGUGAUAGACGAAAACGACGAUAAAAAGACUGAAGAUUUCGCUGAACGGCAACACGAUGAAGAAGAAGAUGAUCAGAAGGAGAGCAAGGGAAUAAGAAAUGAAGAAAGUCAGGAUUUGGUGCCGGUUUCCAGGCUGUUGGACAAUGCUUCUCAACAGCAGUUCAAGGAAUUCUUCAAAAGAGACGGGGAAGAACACGAAGUCGGGUUAGUCAGUGAGGAAGAUGAGGAAGGAUUGGUGGCAAGUGGAAGCACUAGCGAGGGGAACAUAUCAGGCACUGACGAAAACAGGUCAGAAUCAGAGACGACCAAUCAACCAGUCAAAAAGAAAUCCGCCUAUUCGCUAGCACCUAAUCGAGUCAGUUGUCCCUACUGCAGCCGCAAGUUUCCAUGGACGUCAUCGUUGCGUCGCCAUAUUUUGACCCACACCGGUCAAAAGCCUUUCAAGUGUAGUCAUUGCCCUCUUCUAUUCACCACCAAGUCAAACUGUGACCGCCAUCUGUUGAGGAAGCAUGGGAACGUUGCCAGCACUGUACCCAAUGAUUCACAGCCCAACAACUACAUGAUGCGCAACGUCCCAGAACGUCCGUUCAAGUGCUCCAGCUGUCCCAGCAGUACUUUCUCAACCUACUCGAACCUGAAGAAGCACAUCAGCUGCAAACACGCAACGAACGCCCAAGGCGAUGACAUUAAGGCCCAAGGUUACGAAGCGGGCAGCUCAGAAGACGAGAAGAUCUCGAAUACGGAGAACGAGCAAGUCCAUUAUGCUCCUAAGGGACAGGAACCGACGGUGGUUGCAAAUUCCGACCUGCCCUUCAAGUGUCACCUUUGUGAAGGGUCGUUUUCUGAGAGGCAGGAUGCUCUGGACCACAUCAAGGACAAGCAUGCGUCUGAAUACGAUCUGCUAAUGUCAAAAAACGCAUUGGAUCCUAACGCAACAACACCAGACGAAAAUCCUCACCAAGAAGACGAAGAGCAUGAGCAACGCGGCAAGUUUCCAGACUACUCGAAUCGCAAAGUGAUCUGCGCGUUUUGUAUGCGCAGAUUCUGGUCUGCGGAAGACCUGCGCAGACAUAUGCGCACGCACACCGGAGAACGGCCUUUCAGUUGCGACAUUUGUCGGCGGCGCUUCACCCUGAAGCACAGCAUGCUACGGCACCGCAAGAAACAUAACCUCAACAAUCACAAUUUCGAAAACGACACCAACAACAGCGACGAGGACGGCAACAACGCAUCCCCCAUUUAUCCGAAACAAAAGACGGACGAGAGUGACUGUAACGAGGGCGCAGGUGACUUGAUCAGUAAUCUUUUGGGGCUUAGAGAUCGUUCGAUCAUUGACAAGGUGCUCACCGCGUCUGCGGAUGAUGCUGCCAAAAUGUUGGGGGUUAGGAACGGGGCGAAGGAAUGAGGGAGGGUUCUUGAAAUUGAAGAUGGAGCUGAUGAAGAUCAUUGAAAAUGUGAUUACAAGGUUUAUAUGUCAAGGCUUGUUUUUUCUGAGCAUCAAUUAAUGACGAAUCAUGCAAAACACUUCUGUUAUCAAUAAAUUUCAAAUCUAACGUUUUUUUUUUAUCUAGCAUGCUUAUUUUUCGGAAUUAACUCAUAAUCGACACCUGCCGAGUCUAAAGUAGCGACAGUGAUCUUACUUUCGAGCCAUUCCAAAAUAAUCUUGAAUAAACCUAUGAAAAAUGAUUUUAGGUUUAUCCAGGAUAUUCCAUGUACAUUAUUUCGAAUAGGUUAAGAUUAAUGUUAUAUAUUCAGUCUAGUCAAAGGUUUGAACCAACGAAAUAGCAUAAGAUGCCCUAUAUACAGGGUGUCCCAAGUAUUAGUGACAAAUGGGUAAUCUAAAAAUAUAAGAAGCUCUACACUAUUUCCAACGAUACUUAAAGACAUUCUGACGUCUAUUCAGUUGCCUCCUUGUGUUAUUAAUUUUGUACCGUUGGCGGCCAACGAAUGUAUUCAGACAUCCAAAAAGGGAUCUGAAAGAAAUUAACGUCAUCUAUGAGAUAAAAGCAGAACCAAACAAAACGGUUAAAAUUUGGGAAACUCUGUAUAAACUGUAAAAGUAUAAGAAAAAUGAGUAUAGACUAGUUUCAUUGUAUCAUAUUGAUUUUGUGUUGGAAGCUUAUUAACAUUUAAUAUAUUUUUGUACAUAUGAAUUUGUAAUACGGUCUAGGUAUACCAAAAAUAUUUAUUUCACGUAUUCUCUCGCUGAUUUUAAAAAUCGAGCGAGUAAUACAGCUCCCGAGUCUUACGUACUUUUGCCUUUUAUUAUAAACACGUGUCUUACUAUUUGCCUUUAGACUAUUGUUACAUAUAUGUAUUGUAAAAUAUAAGCAAUAUUUUAUUCCUAAGAUUAAAUGUUCUUGUAAAUAUGUCCGUUUAUCCAAAGACGAAAUAUCUAAUUUGAGCAAAUAACCUGCCAUUAGUAACUUCCAAAGAUUUCUUCUAUGUAAUUUUGUUGAUACUUUUUGAAUUUUAUUUCUAGUUUUCGUGGCGGUUUUUUGUUCGAAUUGAUUAUUCCAAGUAGGCUUAGUAUAGGUUUUAAACACCUGUCAAAACUAGUUUUUAAAAUGAGAAAUUUUGCUUAAGUGUGAAUUUAGGCAAACGUAGCACACCUAGAUUGCUGUGAAUUUCUUCAAAUGUCUUAUAUCCACCACUUUUCAUUCCUGAUUUUUUUACAUUUUACUAAAUUUUUGGAAAUUGGUUUAAAGAAUUUCACAAUAAAUAAAAAAGUCGAGAAAAAACAUUUUUUGAACAAUUUCAAGCCAAUAUACUUAAAUUGCUUUUUUUCAAAAAGCAAUUAAAAUGGAUCAAAAACAACAUAGCUAUCGUACUUUAGUCAAGUGGUACAUAAUAUAACUCAUUUGAACAUUUAUAUAUUACAAUCACCCUUUUUAAUUUUGGUGCACUUUUUGAUUAGUAUUGUAUUUCCACAUAUUCACGCUGUGUCUUAAAUCAAGUAGCUUUCGAACAACGUCUAGAUCGACGUCGGUCUCGACGAUAACGUCAAAAGCAUUUUUAGCAAUUUUUGGAAGCAAUUUGAGUGAGUAAAAUAGGUUUUAAAAUAACUAUUGUACUGAACGUGUAAUACCCAACUUAGUGUAAAUCGCGAGUUUGUUUUUUCUUUCCGUUUCACUAAACUUAUGCCAUAUUUAUUUAGAGUAUUGUAAUUUAGUUAUAUGGAACGUUCAUUUUAUUAUAUGGUUGUAACCGAAUAUUUCUUUGAAAUAAAAUUAUUAAA